UCAUUUAGAGCAAAUACGCUGCGUAAAGUGGCGUCGCCCUGAGCGCGCAUUGUCCUCUGUGAGGUUGGAACGGGGCAGGAACACAGAGGCAGCAGGCUGAGCUUUUAAAAGACCCGAGGAGACUAUAAAACCGGUUUCAUGCCCGCUGCCGUAAAGACUCGGCUGGAUACGAGCACAUACAGACAGACAGACAGACGGAGGUAGGCAGAGCUCACAGAGAAGAGAGGACAGCACUUAACAUUUAAUUUGUGGAAGUGUGUCAGUGGUAGAGACACACGCGAGGCGAGAGUUCACACGGGAUUUUAAGGCUGUUUUGCUAAAUAACCAGUCUGCUUUGGUAAAUAGGAUGCGCGUCUUCUCCAGCCGACCCGGUGCAGUUUGACACGUUCUGGAUCCACAAGCCGGUUCUUGAUUUCUAACCGGAGGAGGGAAAGUUCAUUGAAACUGCUGCGGCCGUACAUUGGAUGCCACUGAAAUGGGAUCGCAGCAGCAGCCAGAGAGCGUGUCCGCGCCGUGCAGGAAAAGUUUGCUGAGGACUGUGCUGAUCCUGUGGCUCAGCACGUUGGUGGACGGAACCUGGAAGACGGGACUUUACAAAACGUACUCAGCCGGGACGCAGCUGAGCAGAGACCAGACUGCAGCCUCUCACACCUCAGUCUAUCAGAAAAGGAACUGGUGUCCUCAUACAGUCACUAAGACGGUGACCUGCCAGGUGCAGAAUGGGACGAUCCUCCAGCGAGUCUACCAGACGUGUCGCUGGCCGCAGGGAUGUACAGGAGGAAGCUACAGGACAGUGGUCAGACCUUCCUAUAAAGUGGUGUAUCGCACUGUAACCUCUCUGGAGUGGAAAUGCUGCCCAGGAUUCAGCGGUGCUGCCUGUGAGGAAGAUGCAGGGAACCAGCUUGUAGCUCAAGAAGCAGUGAGGAAACCAUCCACACUACGCCGGCCGCCUGCUCGUACAGGAGAGUCCAUCUCCAAUUGUCUCAACUGCAGUCGAAUCACAGCUUUGAGUGACAGGCUGAACUCACUAGAGGCAAAGGUCCAGGUACUCACAGCACCGGCCUCCACAUCACAUCGCCACCUUCAGAGCAAAGGAGGAACUGUUCCAGAGGCCUCCUUACUGAUGGGGGCCGUUCCUGCUCAGGGGGCUCCUGGUGAGCAGGGACCUGCAGGCCCCCAAGGUGAAAAGGGGAGAGAUGGGCUUCCUGGCAGAGAUGGGAAGCCGGGCUCUCGAGGGCUGCCAGGUCCCAGUGGGCCCCGGGGGGAGGCUGGGGUGAGGGGCCCAUCUGGAAGCCCUGGAUCGAAAGGAUCCACAGGACCAGCAGGCCCCCGUGGUCCACCAGGACUCCCAGGAGAGAGGGGUCUACCGGGCCCGCCUGGCCCACCGGGGCCUCCAGCGCCAGCCAGUGCCCACAUCCCAGAACCAGAUCACAAUCGUGGAAAAGACCCCUUCUUCACCAACACUUUCCAUGACUCCCGAGGAUUGCCUGUUCCAGGACCUCAGGGUCCUCCUGGGCCUAUCGGUCCUCCAGGUCCUAAAGGCCCACUUGGACCACCCGGCCCCGCAGGACAGAACGGGAAACCUGGAGCUCCUGGAACACAGGGACCUGUGGGGCCAAAGGGAGAACGUGGGGAGAGAGGUCCUUUAGGUUACCCAGGAGAGAGAGGCUUCAGAGGCGAGCCGGGAGCACCAGGUCCCAAGGGAGAGCCAGGAGAGAAGGGCUUACCGAGCAAUCUAAAUGGGGACGGAAUACAUCAGAUCAGAGAGGCGCUGAAGAUCUUAGCCGAGAGGGUUUUAAUCCUUGAGACUAUGAUCGGUAUUCAUGAGCCUGAUCUAGGGUCUGGGGAUGGACCAUUUGGCACAGUCUCCCCUAGUUUCUACAGAGAUAAGCGAGCAGGUGCACUUCCACAUCGACUUGCUUCUCCUCUGUCGUCCGACACCAAGGUUCGAGGGAAGUAGCCCCCCCCCCACCCCCGCUCACCCUGAGGAUCACAGGCUGGGUUGACCUCCCCUCCUAGGUCUCAUCGGCUCUCAACAGAUUUAGAUCGUGUCUGAUACCCUCUCUGGGCUUGACCGUCAGAUUUAGGAUGGGUGACACCUCAGGGAAACUCCACUGAUACUCCACAAUGCCCUGCUCCGUCAGGAACCUGAGAACUAGUUUGACCCCCACCCACACACACCCAUCGCCAUAAGCAAACACUUACCUUUACACAGCACUCCCAACAGCUCCUUCUGUAUCACAUUUCUUUGGCUACAGAACUAAAGCUUCAGAUUACGGUGUUUGAAGAAAAAAAAAAGUAAAUCUGAAUCUUCUGUGGUGCUCAAGCUACAAACAGUUCUGGACAAUAAGGGUCAUUUAGUGUAAUCAAGUGAAAGAGAAAUCAGAUGUGAGAAAAGAGACUGGAUUUGAGUUUGUAUUGCUUACAUAAUAUAACUGCAAUCGGAAGAGAGUUCACUAUUUAAAUAUAUUGUGCAUGUACAGUUUGCAGGAUACAAUUACACAAACAAACCUCCUCUUCUCGUAUUAAUUUUGUUAUCCUUCUAUCAUAUCAUUUAACUCAAUGUUAUGUAGUGCACUAAAAAGAUGAAGUCAUCUCCACUCUGAGAUACUGUAUGUGUUGCUAACAGUGAUUUGUAGUUUUCUGGUGUUAGUGUGAGUGAGUUUUCCCCUGAAACUAAUAAAGAGAAUAGCAUUUUGACAUUUAAUGUGUGCAAAAAAAAUGCACAAACAUUUGUAUUUGUAUUUGGCUGCACAUCAGCGGGAACAGUCAUAAACAGUGUUGGAAACAAAAUACAUUGAAAUAAUAACUGGCUGUCCAUGUCAGGAUCUUUAACACACACACACACACAGAGGAAAUAACGAAACUGUUUAUAGAACUUGAACAUGUUUUUACCACUAUGGUGUUGGUAAACUGCUUAAAAUAUCCUUAUGAAAAGACUUUUUGUGUCAUCUUAUAUCAAACGUAUUGUGAAACUAUUUAAAUGAUGAACUGUAGUUUAUUUUGUAUGCUGUCAUGUAACCAUUUCAUAUUUUGGACCUUUUUCUCCUUGCAAAUGUGUUGCUGUGUUAAGAUAAUCCUGUCUAGAUGAUCGGUGUAAUAAAAUAAUGUUCAUUGUUUUUUUUUUUUUAAA